AUGGGGGCCGCAGGAUCAAACCUGCCCGGCACCCCAGCAACAUCUAGCGCUUACCGACCGGACGUCAAUGUGCCUGUUCCGGUGGCAAGCGGCAAUGAAAUCUUCGUAGAUGACAUAUUCCGAAAGUUCCGGCUGCCUCUUCGUUUCGUCAGCCCAUAUUACACUGUCUUCAAACAAGAAGAGCCUGACCUCAGUGCCCUCGUUGCCGGGGUCCCUCAGGAGGCCGCCAAGCUACUUCGCGAUGCCAGAACAAGCGUAGGUGAUCAGAACGGAGACGUGUUUGAGCUGUGGAACCCCGUUGGUUUGCGUAUAGAAGACUUGGCCGGUCCAUCCGGUGAUCUCUCCGCCUUGCUGGAGAUAGCGAGAGCUGCCGGCGAAACAAUAGACGUUGAAGGCUUUUUCUUGAGCAUUGCAAACGCGUUUUAUUGGUUCCUCGGACCUCUGGAUCUGCAUUCGACAAUGUGUGAUCUUAUAGGCACGCGCCAAGGUAAAAGUUUCUCAACUGCAGCGCUAAAGGUCGCCUGGGUACGUAGUUCUGGUGGUAGCCCGUUCUUGAUGUCCAUCAUUGCCCCAAAAGCACUCGCCGCUUUCACAGUGAAGCGAGCAACAGAGUCGUUGAAACUCUCACCGCUUCUCGAUAACUGGCUAACUCAAACUGUGCAUCCACUGGCGUCCGAAAGUCUCGCGUAUCCCACAGACGCGCUAAACAUAUCGAGCCUGGCGUACCAAAUUGGUAAAAAUUGGGGCAAAGGACAUCUCUACUCAGUCGCCACACUCGCACUCCUGCAACUCCUCGAGCCCCUUGGCAACCCCAGCAGGCUUACGGACCUUCUGCAGGCUAAAACUGAUAAAGUCGGAACCUCAACUUUUCCAGAGAUGUCGUUCCUGCGGAGGGCGAGGGGCGCGCUGGGCAUGGUGACCAACGGACGCUUCCAGGCUGCGGCAGAAACCGGCGACUGGAGCGAGCCGUAUGACAAGGUGCUGGGAACCGCCAUUCAGAUGGGCGAGGUUGUGGGCAAUGCUGCCCUGCCUGCUUCUAUGGCAGCAUUUUUUCUCGACGCUGUGGUCGACCCACUAGGUAUAACAGGGGCUUUUGCAGAAUAA